AUGCGUCGACAAGGCCCAUCAAGAGUAUUUUCUCUUGCCAGUGGGCACAACUGGAUUGUUCUGGCUUGGACUCCCGGCCUUUGGAGUGGGUUGAGUUGGCUGGAUCUGCUUUGCUGUCUGGCUUUGACUCCUAGCUUCAAUCGUCGGUCGAGUUGGCCACCUUCGGAUGUGACAAUUGUGGGAUUGCAACGAGCCUCCGUGGAGCUGUACGGGAUGCCUGAUGCAAUGAAAGGAAAACAACAUGUCUUCCCAGGUGGAGCCGUGGAUGAUGAGGAGAGGAAGCUUUGUGUUUGGAUUGUCGAAGCCUCGAAGCUAAACUAUGGAUCCGCACUACAGUUCCCAGUCUGCAAUUCCCUCCUCGACGACGACGACGCUGCGCCAGCUCUUGCAAUGGUUGCCAUGUGUCAGGGAUUGGGUGUUGUAUUCCUCCUCAACACCUUCAAAGAAAACUUCAGCCCACGGGUGUACGACCACGUCGAUCUCUUCCAAGACCCGGCAAAGUACGGCCACGGUCCAGCUUUGCGGCGUCAAGGAUCCGAAACACACGAAACUUAG